GUGGCAUAAUGACUUUACUGUAUUGCAUCAAACCACAUCUUGUGAGCUAGAGCAAUGAUAGCUGUUUUUUACAGUUAAGCAGGCCUCACCAAACAAGAGAUUCGUGAAAAAAUUUGGGAUUUUAUGGAAGCUCAGAAUUUGGCGGACUUUCCAAGACCAGUUCAUCACAGGAUUCCUAAUUUCAAGGUGUCUUAUCAAGCCUGUCAAUGUAUCAAAGAGCUAGAAGGAUUUGCCAGAAUGAGGGAAGUUAAAGUGGACCCUGAUAAACCACUGGAAGGAGUUCGGCUAAUGGCAUUGCAGGCAAAGAAAACAUUGUUAGUUCCUACACCGCGACUGAGAACUGGAUUGUUUAAUAAGAUUGUUCCGCCACCUGGAGCAACCAAAGACAUCCUAAGAAAAUGUGCCACCUCCCAGGGAGUAAAGGACUACAGUGUGCCCAUAGGGUUGGACUCCAGAAUUCUAGUGGAUUUGGUUGUGGUAGGAUCUGUGGCUGUUUCGGAGAAAGGCUGGAGAAUAGGUAAAGGGGAAGGUUACGCUGAUAUGGAAUAUGCAAUGAUGGUGUUAUUGGGGGCAGUCAGGGAAGAGACACCAGUGAUCACCAUUGUGCACGACUGCCAGGUAGUUGAUAUAUCUGAAGAACUCCUUGGAGAUCAUGAUCUAACAGUUGAUUAUAUCCUCACUCCAACAAGAAUGAUCAGAACCAACUGCAAGCGGCCAAAGCCCCAGGGAAUCAUGUGGUCUAAGAUCAGCUACGAUAUGAUGGAACGAAUCCCAAUCUUAAAGAAUCUUCAUUUCAGGGAGAAGCAGGCCGGGAAAGACGUAACCCUUCGAGACCAGCAAUUCGACCUUUCGGAAAGAAACACCAAGCAAGCAGUCAUUGCUAGAACUGGGCCUAAGACUCCACGGAGGGAGGGUGAUUCUGCUCCAGUGGAAGACGUCGGUUUGAGAACCGACCGUUUAACUUUGAAAGCUGAAAUGGCUGUUGUUACUACUGUUUACGUGGGUGACAUUCCUCAAGAUGCAAGAGUGAGCGAUUUAAAGAGAGCUCUGAGGGAACGUAACGCGGUGCCUUUGCGACUCAGUUGGCAUGGACUUCAGCACAGGGCAUUUCUUGAUUACAAGGAUAAGGUCACUGCAGAGGCUAUUGUGUCUUCCCUGAAGGGCUUAACUCUUGGUGGUCAUACCUUGUGCGUUGAGCUGGCUAAGAAGCAGAGGAUCAAAAGGUCUGGAAAUGAGUAGUUUGGGAAGUUGUGACUGGAAGUUGCAUAGCUGGCACUGGGGAAAUGGAGGAGAAUUAGCUGUCGGAGAGAGGUACUAGGGUGAAUCAGAGAUCUGCAUAGUAUAUGUCUCCCUCUCCGCUGCUUUCAUGGCCUCGCUGUGUGACCGUGGGUCAGUCACCUGUCUUGUACCCCAAUUUUGCCAGUGAUGCUGAUGUUGAUAUAGAUGAUCUACGGAAAGAGCAUGGGCGUGGGAGUCAGAGGUCCUUGGUUCUAAUCCCUGUUCUACUCGCUGCCUGCUGUGUGACC